AUUUUUAACCAGUUUGUCAUUUGGCUUCACAGGCUCCACACACACAAAUUUUUUUAUAAUCAAAAUGCCAAAUGCUCCCAAAUGCGCUGAAUGUGGGCAAGUGCACCUCGCCGGUGCCAAUGGUGCCAUCUACUGCUGCGGGCCGUUGUUGCGAGCCGUGCAAAUGACUGGCUUGUACAAGGAUUGCAAGUAUUUUGUGGACAUGAGCUGUCGUUAUUCUCCAGAGCGUAUACUCGCCGAUUUCCAAUUGUUUAGCUCAUGCAAGAAGAACGAGACAUCGGUGAAACAUCUUACCAAUUUCGUGGAUAAUCAUUUUGAUCAGCCUGGCACGGAAAUGGAAUAUUGGUGUCCGCCAGAUUGGCGAAUGGAGCCCGCGUUCCUAGCCCAAAUCAAGGAUCCACAAUUAAAAAAGUUUGGUUCGGACUUAAAUCGUAUUUGGAAGCAGCUGGGCCGCAACAUGAAGGAUUGUGUCAGAACAAGCCCCCAAAUGUACUCACUGGUAUAUGUACCAAAUCCGUUCAUUGUGCCCGGCGGACGAUUUCUAGAGUUCUACUACUGGGACACAUAUUGGAUUGUUCGCGGUCUGCUCUACACCGGCAUGCAUCAGACGGCACGCGGCAUGAUUGAUAAUCUGCUGUAUAUGGUGCAGCAGUAUAAGGCGGUGCCCAAUGGCGGCCGCGUCUACUACUGGGGUCGGUCACAGCCACCUCUGCUUGUGCUCAUGGUUAAGGCAUUUUUAGAGUUUACCAAAGAUGAUCAAUAUGUUCUUCGCAUACUACCGUUGCUCGAAAUGGAGAUGGAUAACUUUUUAAAGAAUCAUUCGGUGCAGGUCGAGGGUCGCACCAUGUAUCAAUAUCGCGAUAAAUCAUCGGGACCACGACCCGAAUCGUACCGCGAAGAUGUAGCCAGCGCGGCUGGCUUCUGUUCAGAUGACGAAAAGGAGGAGCAUUAUGCAAACCUGAAGGCUGCCUGCGAAUCGGGCAUGGACUUUAGUUCGCGCUGGUUUGUCUCGCCCUGUGGCACAAAUGUGGGCACACUGGCCAACAUCAAAACAUCCUGGAUAGUGCCCGUCGAUCUGAAUUGUAUACUCUUCCGUAGCUGUAAGACACUGGCCGAGUUCAAUAACAUGGCCGGAAAUACCGCCAAGGCGCAACAAUAUCGUAAUAUUGCCUGUGGUCUGAUCAAGGCCAUAACCGCUGUGCUAUGGAAUGAGAAGCGUGGCGUCUGGCUGGAUUACGAUCUUAAGAAUAAAACACCCCGCGACUAUUUUGUCGUCACAAAUCUAUCGCCGCUCUGGUUGCAUGCCUAUCCCAUUGCUGAUAAUGAAAAGAUCUCGAAAUCUGUUAUGGACUACAUCGAGGAGAAUAAGCUAGAUUCAUUUCCGGGUGGUGUGCCGCACACACUGAGUAAUACUGGCCAGCAAUGGGACUAUCCGAAUGUAUGGCCACCAAUGAUGCUCAUGCUGAUCGAGGGACUGAAUAAUCUGGGCACUCCCGAGGCUGACGAGAUGUCAAAGCGUUGGCGAGAGCGGUGGGUAAGAACUAACUAUGAGGCGUUUAGUAAAACUGGUUUUAUGCACGAAAAGUAUAAUUGCGAGGAACUUGGCGCUGCCGCCUGUAAUGGCGAGCACCAGCCCCAAACGGGCUUUGGAUGGACAAAUGGUGUCCUGAUCGAACUGUUGGCCAGGUAUGGCGAAGAGCUGACAGCUUCUGAUGCUGAUCCAAAUUGUGGGGCUGAAGAGGCUGCUGCAAAUGAACCAGAUUGUAACUGCCGUUGCGACGACGAAGAAAACCUAAAGUCAGCUUUAGAAGGUUGUCCCAUAACAAGCGAGGCAUAUUUGGAACAGAAGGCCGCGGAAGAGGGAGCUGUGUCUCAAGACUGUGACUGCCCUCAAGAUGUCUAUAAUGCGCAGGAUGUUGCAAGCUUUGCAACGAGUGAAAAUCCGUGUGCGCCCGGCUGCCCCAACUUUCCCUCCACUCCAAACGAUUGUCAGGCUCAAACUCAAGCGCCCAUUGCGGCUCUACCGUGUCAGCCGCCUCAGCCUCCUCAAUCGGCUUCACAAAAACAAUGCCCGAAAUAUCAACAAGCUCCACUACCUUCCGCUCCCUCACCCGGUGCACAAUGUACCCCAAAUGCUAUUCAAUCCCCAAAACAGGGUGCAAAACGAUUAUCUGCUGCUGCUGCAUAUCCAACUUGUCCAGAUUGCUACCAAUAUAUUUAUUCAGCUCCAGGUCAACAGGCUGCUGUUCCACCCCCACCCGGUGGACAACCAUGCCCGGCUUUUCAGCCAGCUCCCGUUGCAGCUGCACCCGGUGGACAUAUAUGCGCGGCCUAUCAACAAGCUCCCGUUGCGGCUUCACCCGGUGGGCAACCGUGCCCGAGUUAUCAGCAAGCUCCCGCUCCAGCUGCACCCGGUGGGCAACCAUGCCCGGCUUAUCAACAAGCUCCCGCCGCAGCUUCACCCGGUGGACGUUUAUCAAAUGCUUAUCAAACUAAUGGAGGCCAGAUGAAUCAAAAUCGGUCUAGUGCCUAUGGUGGCUAUUACCAAAAUUCUUAUCCAGCUCAACAAGCUCAGCAACCUCCAGUUGCAUAUUCACCCGGUGGACAACAAUACCAACAAGGUUGUCAAGCUCCUCAAUAUGCUCAAGCUCAACAAGCUCCUCAAUAUCCUCAAGCUCCUCGAUAUGGUCAAGGCCAACAAGCUCAACAAUAUCCUCAAUAUUCUCAAUAUCCCCAAGCUGCCAAAUCUCCUGCUGCAAAUGCACCGUGUGGCGUAUGUAAUCAGGGUCCUCCUCAAGCUAAGUCUCCUAAAAUGCAGUCUCCUCAACCUCGUAAAUCUGAUCCAGCUGCUGUGCCUUGUUUGCAAACUAACCAAGCUGCAAAUCAGAUGCGUCAAUCUCCAAAUCCCUAUCAAGCUCCUUUAGUUGAUCCCGCUUCCGAGGUCUGUUCCGUGUGCUGUGGCGCUUGUGGAAGACAAAAGGAGGCCGCCGCUAUGGAGUGUCCCGAACCGCAGCCGAUACAGAUUGAAGAGGGCGACGUUAACUGCAUGCUGGAUUUGAGUCCCUCAGAAGCGGAAGAAUUGCGAGCCCUGUGCCCAUGCGAUGGAACCGCAGAUGCAGACGCAGACGCAGAAAAAAGUGAUAUGUCCGAUUGUGCGGAUGGUGAAGACGACUGCUCAUUUUUAUGCGACCCAGUUCCGAUCAUGAAUAAGUUAUUUCCACUUGCCGAUGACAUUAAAUGCCCGCUGCCAGUAGAGCCCGAAGAGUCCGAUACAGAAGCUUGCCAAUGUUAUAAAAAUAAAGAGGAAAAGGAAACCGCCGUGGAAAAGGAUUGUGAUUAAAUUUGGCAGCCAAAGCAUUUGACAGAAUAUUAUAUUUGCCUUGAAAUAGUCUAAAUUAAACAGUAAUGGUACAAGCAAAAUAAACCAUAAAAAAAGA